ACUUUUGUCCCAAAGGCCUGUGAUUGUUUUGGUCUUUGCCCUAGUUCAGGUCUUUUCCUUCAGUGUGCAGGCCACCGUCUGACAGGAAAAUCCUUUCCAGCCUGUAUUGAGGAGUAGGAGUGUGCUUUGGGCUGCUUUCUGCUGAGUUUGUUCAGAAAGAAGAUCAGCUCUCCUUUUGUGUGAAUAUCACAAUGGCACCUGCUGUUGGAGGUCCUGUGGGAUACACUCCCCCAGAAGGAGGUUGGGGUUGGGCAGUGGUAGUUGGUGCCUUCAUAUCUAUUGGUUUCUCCUAUGCCUUCCCAAAGUCCAUCACUGUGUUCUUCAAAGAGAUCGAAGUGAUCUUCAAUGCCACCAGUAGCCAAGUGUCCUGGAUCUCCUCCAUCAUGUUAGCUGUCAUGUAUGCAGGAGGUCCAAUCAGCAGUAUCCUGGUAAACAGGUAUGGCAGUCGACCAAUCAUGAUAGUGGGUGGCUGUCUUUCGGGGUGUGGACUCAUUGCUGCCUCUUUCUGCAACACAGUGGAAGGCUUGUAUUUCUGUGUCGGUGUGGUAGGAGGUCUUGGCCUUGCAUUCAAUCUCAACCCAUCCCUUACUAUGAUUGGCAAAUACUUUUACAAGCGGAGGCCCAUUGCUAACGGAAUUGCCAUGGCUGGCAGCCCAGUGUUUCUGUCCACUUUAGCUCCUUUGAACAGCUGGUUUUUUGACCAGUUUGGCUGGAGGGGAAGCUUUCUUAUCCUGGGUGGGCUUCUGUUCAACUGUUGUGUAGCUGGAUCUCUCAUGAGGCCCAUUGGGCCAAAGUUUAAGCCUGCUAUAAAGGAUUCUGCCACUUCAACAGAGAGGAAAACAGUGAUGGAGAUGGUUAACAGUUUUAUUGAUCUGUCUCUCUUCAAACACCGUGGCUUUCUCCUGUACCUACUGGGCAACAUAGUCAUGUUCUUUGGCCUUUUCACCCCACUUGUCUUUCUCAGCAAUUAUGCCAAGAGUAAACAUAUUUCAAAAGAGAAAGCUGCUUUUUUGCUCUCAAUUUUGGCUUUUGUGGACAUGGUAGCUCGACCCUCCAUGGGAACCGUGGCCAACACCAAAUGGGUGCGGCCAAGGGUACAAUAUUUCUUUGCAGCUUCUGUUAUGUUAAACGGCGUGUGCCACCUGCUUGCACCUCUGUCAGUGGACUAUUUAGGCUUUGUGAUCUAUGCAAUUUUUUUCGGCUUUGCAUUCGGGUGGCUGAGUGCUGUGCUGUUUGAGACUCUGAUGGAUCUGGUUGGAGCAGUGCGCUUCUCCAGUGCUGUGGGGCUGGUGACCAUUGUGGAGUGUGGGCCAGUGUUACUUAGUCCUCCCUUGCUGGGAAAGUUUAAUGACAUCUAUAAAGACUACAAGUACACUUAUAUGAGCUGUGGAAUACUCCUGUUGGUUGGAAGCCUGUUCCUCUUUGUCGGCAUGGGCAUUAACUACAGGCUGCUGGAAAAGGAAGCAAAGGAGGAAGCUAAAAGAGCCCAGCUAAGAGCAAAGGAAGAUGAAACCACCAUGGACAUUGCAGACAAGGACACUGGCAAUGAGGCAGCUGCAUCACUGCGAGUUGGGGAUAAUUCCAAAACUGCAGAAGAUGCUGUGUGAAGUCAUCUACACUCUUAAAAAUUAAGCUUCUUUGGGAGUUCUUUAGUAAACAAACACUCAAUUAACCCUUUGCAUGAUUAAAGGGUACUUUACAUCAUUAAAUGGUCCUUCCGAGGAAAGGAGAAUGUGCUGUAGAUGGUUAUAUAUAGAACCUUUGAAAAGGGUUCUAUUUAGCACUAAAACGGGCUCUUCUAGAGUUACAGUGUCAAGCCUAUAACAAUAGAAAAACCCCUUUUGGUUCAGUAGAGAACUCUUCUCAAAAAGGUUCCCUAUAAACCACACACUCUUCAUCAAUUAUGGAACAAUUUCUUUACUAAAGAGCCCCUGAACAACCAUCUUUUUAAGCAUGUAUUCUUUGACUGAUUCAGCUGUUUAGUUGCAGUCGUUCUGUUAAGCAUUACUGUGUAUCUCUGUACUCUCUGUAUUGCAGACUUGAAUGCAACAUUUCCACUCAGGUGCUGUAGUUGGUUUGCAAAUUAGGCUAAUUCCAUUGCCACGCCUAGAACAGACUUUACUGAGAGGGCAAUUCAGUAUCUAAUGAGGAGAUUUAGUAUCUAAAAACAUAAGCUAGAAAUGGGCAUCCCAUAAUGCAAUCUAAUGGAUCUUUUCUGUAAACACUGUUUUCCUUGGUGUUAGUAACUGCAUCUAGGUGUAACUUGCUGUUUAACAGAAUAUUUUAAAGUGAUUCAAAGAGAAUCAUCUUUCAUCUUUAAGUUAAAUAUAUAUUUUUAUCUCACAGUUAUCUGAUAAUUUGUCAACACAGGGUAUUGAUUAGAAAUUUAUGAACAGCCUGAACAUGAAUAUACUAACAAACACAUUCAAUACUUUUAAAAAAACCAACUUUUUUUCAAUAAUGUCUUUUUUUAUUAUUAUUAUUGUCCAUUUUUACAUUGUGUAUCAAUCUGUUAGUCACUGUCUUAGGACACUUUUCAACAAUGCAAUGUUUUAGAGACUGUAUCAAAUGGUUGUCGAAUCCAGAUUUGUAAUGGCUUGUAAUUCUGUAAUAAAACUCAAUUGACUGAA